UUUCUUACCGACCCUUUUUUUACAUCAAUCAAAUGGACUCAACUUGAACCAAAAAAAGUUAUUGGUUCAUUUCUAAGCAUCAUGUCUUUUCACCUAAUUUCUUUUGACUAUUUUAUUCAUAGUGUGAGACUAAAAGUGGUUCUUCCUUUGGCUAAGGUUUUGUAGGAUAUAUAGAGUGAAAGACAAGGAAUAAAUUAUGAGUCGGUCAAAUAAAGAUACAAGUAAAAGUAGGAAAGGUUGUGGCAGUGAUGAAUCUUCUGGAAGUGGAAUGAGUGGAGAAGGGACAAAUUUUCUUGUACAUGAAAUUGCACAAAUUACAAAACUUAGGUCAAGUCCUCAUGAGCAUUUGAGUAGUGUUGUUCCUGGUAGGAUGAGAUUACCUGCAUCAACUGUAAAAAUGUUAGUUGGUAGAGAAGGUAAUUAUUCAGGAAGAGGGAAAUUUUCAGCAGCUGAUGGAUGUCACAUGUUAAGCCGCUAUUUGCCUACCAAAGGUCCUUGGAUUGUUGAUCAGAUGGGAAGUCGUGCUUAUGUUUCGCAGUUUUCAGAUGAUGGUUCUCUUUUUAUAGCUGGAUUCCAGGGAAGCCACAUCAGGAUUUAUGAUGUAGACAAGGGCUGGAAAGUUAUGAAGGAUAUUUCUGCUAGAAACUUACGGUGGACAAUUACUGAUACAUCUCUCUCACCCGACCGGAACUAUCUUGUUUAUGCUAGUAUGUCACCAAUUAUCCAUAUUGUCAAUGCUGCGUCGGCUACAACACAGUCAGUAGCAAAUGUGACGGAAAUUCAUUAUGGAUUAAAUUUCUCUUCGGACAAUGAUAGUGAUGAAUUUGGGAUUUUCUCUAUCAAAUUUUCAACUGAUGGGCGAGAGCUUGUGGCUGGAACUAGUGAUAGUUCGAUAUAUGUAUAUGAUCUUGGAGCAGAUAAGCUUAGCCUUAAAAUUCCUGCUCACCUGUCUGAUGUUAACACUGUCUGCUUUGCCGAUGAAUCUGGUCAUCUCAUAUAUUCCGGAAGUGAUGAUAGUUUCUGCAAGGUGUGGGACAGGCGUUGCUUUGUCUCAAAAGGACAACCAGCUGGUAUCUUAAUGGGUCAUUUAGAAGGCAUUACAUUCAUUAAUAGUCGCGGGGAUGGCCGCUAUUUAAUUUCUAAUGGAAAAGAUCAAACUACCAAAUUAUGGGACAUAAGGAAGAUGUCUUCUAACGCCAUGAAUUUGGGCCUUGGAGACGACGAGUGGGACUACCGGUGGAUGGACUAUCCUAAAUAUGCAAGAAAUUUAAAGCAUCCCCAUGACCAGUCAUUGGCAACAUAUAAAGGUCACUCCGUGUUGCGUACUCUAGUUCGCUGUUAUUUCUCACCAUCAUAUAGCACGGGUCAAAAAUACAUUUACACUGGGUCUAGUGAUUCCUCUGUCUAUAUAUAUGACCUGGUGAGUGGAGCUCAAGUUGCAAAACUUGAUCAUCAUGAAGCACCUGUAAGAGAUUGCAGUUGGCAUCCUUUCUAUCCAAUAUUGAUAACUUCAGCUUGGGAUGGUGACAUUGUUAGGUGGGAAUUUCCUGGAAAUAAUCAACCCCCUGCCUCUCCAAAUAGAAGAACAGGUGGAGUUCGUAUUAGAGGUUUGUAUUAUAUGUAAACCUCAUGUUCUUUGUACAUAUAUAUCUAGGUAGCUUGAUUUACAACAUAAUUUAUAUGCAUCUUUUUUUUUACUUAAUUUUCCUUACACCUAUAGAAAGGGUCUCAAAAGUUUGUUACAUUUAUUUAUAGUUUUAUACCUUGGUUUUUGUAAGCUUUGUAUUGUAAGCCUAUCAUGGAUGAACAUAAAGCCGUAGAUUAUAAGUUCUUUAUAUUAUUUUCAUCAGAUUAUCAAAUUAUAUAAUAAGAAGUGGAUAUUUUUUCUAA